UCUCUACACAUGAUCUGGAAUAUGGAAGGUAGUGUAGAUGAGGAGUUGUUGAGCCUUAGACUUGGCAUUGCCACAGGAUCAAAUAAGAAGAAGAUUAUGAUGAAGAGGAAGAGAAAGAGGAGAGAUGACAACUUCAUCAACAACACACUUGUGUUGAGUGAUGACGAAAGCUAUGAGGGUCAAAUUUUUAGCCUCCUUCAGACGAGGGAACAGAUGCUGAAAGUAGAAAAAAGAGCCGCCAAAGCGGUGGCGGACGAGGAGGAGGACAAAGGUGGGGGUCUUCACCUCAUCCAUCUCUUGUUAGUUUCUGCCACCGCGGUGGACGAAAAUACCCCUGGCCCCGCUGCGGAGAGCCUCUCGGAGCUGUACCGACGCGCCUCCUUGAGCGGGGACGCGGUCCAGCGCGUGGCGGCCUACUUUGCCGACGCCCUGGUGGCGCGUCUCCUCACGAGAAAAUCCCCGUUCUACCACAUGAUCAUGAAACCCCCUACCCCUCACGAGCACCUCUUCGCCUUCACCCACCUCUACCGAGCCUCCCCCUUCCACCAAUUCGCCCACUUCACCGCUAACCAAGCCAUCAUCGAAGCCUUCCACCAAGAAUCCCACACCAACAACGCCACCCUUCACGUCAUCGACUUCGACGUCUCUCACGGCUUCCAAUGGCCUUCCCUCAUCCAAUCCCUCUCCUCCCCACCCACCAAAAUAUCCCUCAAAAUCACCGCCUUCGGCCCAACCCUCUCAGAGCUCCGAGAAACCGAAGCGAGACUAGUGAGCUUCGCCAAGGGCUUUCGAAACUUAUCCUUCUCCUUCACUGGAAUGUUGCUCAACUCCAUUGAUUAUUACACGUUAGCCAAAAUAACCAAAACCCCCCACGAGACCGUCGCGGUAAACCUCGUGUUUUACCUAAACAGAUUACCCAAAUUCUCCGACGCUCUGAGAGCCGUCCAUCUCCUCAGCCCGUCCGUUGUGACUGUAGUGGAACAAGAGGGCUUCUUCAGAAGCCCGCGGAAUUUCUUGUCGAGGUUCAUGGAGUCCCUCCAUUACUUUGCCGCCAUGUUUGACUCGCUAGACGAUUGUCUCCCCAUAGACAGCCAGGAGAGGCUGAGCAUCGAGAAGAACUAUCUGGGGAACGAAAUCAAGAGAGUGAUGACGAACAAUGGCGGAUGUGGGGAGGGGGACUUGAUUGUUCCGAGGUACGAGAAGAUGGAGACGUGGAAAGGGAGGAUGGAGAGUGAGGGGUUUUGUGGGGUCAGAUUGAGCUGUCAAAAUGUGAUGCAAGCGAAGCUGCUGUUGAAAAUCGCGAGUAGCGGCGGCCAUUGCUGUAGGGUGAGGUUUGAUGGUGGGUUUAGAGUGUUUGAAAGAGACGAUGGGAUGGCCAUUUCUCUGGCUUGGCAAGAUAAGCCUUUGACAACUGCCUCUGUAUGGCGCUGUGUAUGACAACAUACACGAAUUCCCUUAUUUAUCUAACAUAUUCAUUUCUUCUUUCUAUA